AUGUUAUUAUGUUUUUUUCUUGGAGCACAACUUACAUUCUUUAUUGUAAAAAAAUGUCAAUGUUGAGGCUAAAUGUUUGUGUGCUGUGGUAUAUAGCACAGCAUAGGGCAGUGUUUCUCAACUCCAGUCCUCAUGGACCCCCAACAGGUCAUGUUUUCAGGAUUUCCCUCAGAUGAAACAGCUGUGGUAAUUACUAAGGGAGUGAAACUGAUCAAAUCACCUGUGCAAAAUAAUGGAAAUCCUGAAAACAUGACCUGUUGGGGGUCCAUGAGGACUGGAAUUGAGAAACACUGGCAUAGG